AUGGAAGAAAAUGCGCCCAAAGUACUGGCGCAUUUUGAGGAGGUGCUUGAAAGCCAUCAGCUUCAGCUCCUGGCACGGAUGGAUUCAUGGCUCCAGUCCUUGGAUGCCCGUCUGGAGCGUUCUGCGCAGGUGCGCAGAUCUGCGGAAGAGGCUUGCCAGUCCUCGAAAGACUUCACAGACUUUGAAAAGCGAAGACGCUCGCCAGUUCCGCAACUCCAGCAGAGCAAGAGCAUGAACAGCUACGACAGAGCCCAGCUUACUCACACCCGUGUGGUGCAGCAGUCUGAGAAUGUCCAGCCAAUUCGACGCGAUUCCAGGAGGUUGACAGCUCUCAACGUUUGUCAGAGCUAUGCAAAGUGGAUUGUUGAUUCGCAGUGUUGCAACUUGUUCUUUGGCCUCGCAGUGGUCACAAAUUCGAUGCUGCUCGGCAUCCAUCUGGAAUUCCAGGCCGUGACCAGAGACUUUUCCUCUGGCGUUUCCAUUUUCGCGACAUUACACACCCUGUACUCUCUGCUUUUCACCGUGGAAGUCUGUUUGCGAUUGACAGCAGAUGGAUGCAGGAAAUACAUCUGGGAAUCGCUGGAUUGGGCUUGGAACUGGCUGGACGUUUUUGUGGUACUGUCUUCUUGGGUGGAAUUGGCCUCAGAGCUGCUCAACCACGGACAAAGCAGCACAUCAACGAACAGCAAUCUGCGGAUUUUGAGGCUCCUACGAGUCGGCAAGCUGGUGCGUGUAGUGCGGGUGUUCCGCGUGGUCAAAUUCUUCCGAAGUCUGCGUACUCUGGUCCAAUCCUUGCUCGGCACAAUGAAAGCACUCUUUUGGGCAAUGCUGCUAUUGGCUUUGAUUAUUUACAUAUUUGCCAUUGUGUUCACUGAUGCUGUUAUCGACCAUGUGCAAGAUCUGCAAGUUGUCAAGUUGGACGAUGACGUCCUGGAAGCCUAUUUUGGUACAUUAUAUGACUCCUAUUUGACGCUCUUCCGCUCAAUCUCAAAUGGGGUUACCUGGGGUGAGCCGGCGAGUGCGCUCUCCAGCAUUCCUGAAGGACACAUCUGGGUGCAAUUCUUCCACUUCUACAUAGCCUUCUGCAGCUUCGCUGUCCUGAAUGUAAUGACUGGUGUUUUCUGCAACAGUGCUAUCAAAGCUGCGGAACGUGAUCAUGAAAUGUUGGUCAUGUCGCUUGUCCAAAGCAGACGCGAACUAAAAGACCAAGUGGCCAGCUUGUUCCACAAGAUCGACGAGCGCGGGCUGGGGCAGGUUACCAUUCCAGACUUCGAGAAGCAUUUUGACGACGAUGCUGUCAUUGCUUUCUUUGAAUCCUUGGAGAUAGGUGCCAUGGAUGCGUGGACGUUAUUCAUGAGUUUGGACAUGGAUGGGGACCACACCAUCAGCGUCGAGGAGUUCACUGAGCAAUGCGUGAAGUUGCAUGGGCCCGCGCGUUCCGCGGACUUGUAUGCGCUGAGACAAUUGACGGACAAGCACUCCAAGCAGUUGAACCUUGUUCUGGAUUUCCAGAAGCGUUUCAACAGGCGCUUGGAGCAGCUAUCCAAAGGGGCGCCCCUGAAACGAGAAGAGGAUGACGAGAUAGAGGUCCUCAAACACUGGCUGUAG